AAGAGCGUAAGGAAGCGCCCGAUACCAUAGGGCUUAAUAUUUUAACUCCACAUUGCGUUAUUACCCAUCUGUUGUUUCAAAUAUAUGAAGAGUUAUUUGGAUAUUCGACGUAAAACCAGUUGUACCAUGGACUCAACGUUGCUCAAACUGGUAACGGUGUUUGCUGUAUUUAAUAUCAAAGUUAUUCAAGCACUUCAAUUGACACCCAACGGCUCAGUUACAGUUCUAUGUGGUAUGUCUCAACAGCUUAUUUGUACAUCAUCAAAGGGAGUCACCUGGAGUAAAGGACAAACUAUUUUAAAAACUUGCAAUUUAGCUGGUGUUUGCCCUUCUCCUUCACUGGAUCAUUACACUUUUAGUCACAAUGGAUCAAGUUUCAUAAUGACAUUCAAUCCAGUAAAGUGGACUGAUAAUGGUAUGACAUUCAGUUGUAUUGAUACAGACGGCGUAGGAUCAUCUUUACAGAUGAAAGUAAAAGUUGUGCCAGAUAACAGCUCAGUCGUAUCGCAGCAUUCCAAGUCUGACAAGGAAAUAUACCUGGAAACAAAUUGUUUGGAUUCUUCCGAUUCUGUGCAAGUGGAAUGGCAAUAUGAGGAUUCUGGAACCUACACAACACUUGAAAUCGAGUGCCAAGAAGAAUUUGCUGAAAAUGGAUCAUGUGCAGCUAAUGCUGUUUCUUGUCCUGGAGCCACUUUUAAAACAUUUAGAAAAAAAGUGGUAUUUAAUAAUGAUGCUGACUGCAAGCUUACAAUUAGAGCCACGCUUACGACUCCAGACGUAUUUUAUGGCCCUCAACCAGAACCUGCUGUCGUUAUCUACAGUAAUGCUUGUAUUAAAGCUUCGAAGGAUGUCACUAUGUCUCUGAAUUGCUGCCUUGUAGCUGCCCUUUUUACCUUUGCUGCUCUCCAAGUCAUCAUUAUAAUUCUCUAUGCCUUUUGCAAAGCUGCUCAAUAUUUCGUGUUGAUGCUGAUUGUAAAUUAUGCAAACUACGUAACUUUGGCUUGUUCGAUUAUCAUGGUUGGCCUACUUGUGGAUGCAUGCCCAGGUAAAUCAAAUAUCUUACUUCAGAUUGAAAUAUACUCAGCCUUUGAAUUGUUUUGUGUUCGGCCCUAG